UAGUUCAGAGUUCAAAGUCACAACAAACAGACGCAGUGUAGCAUGGCGGCUCUGGCAGGUUGCGGUCACCUAUCCCGGACAUUUCGACCUGCACUGUCUCCAUUUCGCUAUGGGGCUAGCAAGCUACAGUUGCAUGCAGGAAUCGGGUACCCUGCAAUCUGUGCAAAUGAGCCGCUGCUGCGCAGGACUCGGGCUCUGUGGGGAAGUGGAGUGGGUCGUCACUUUAGCUCAGGGGGUGAAGACGAUCUAAGUGUUAAGUAUCUGGAUGGAGAAGAUUCAGGAAUUGUGGUGCUUGGAAUAAACAGACCAAAGACCAAAAACGCAAUCAGCAAAAAUCUUGUUAAAAUGAUGACUGAAGCGGUGGAUGCAGUGAAGGUUAACAAAAGCGUGCGAACAGUUAUUCUGUGUAGUUUGGUGCCUGGAGUAUUCUGUGCAGGUGCUGAUCUGAAGGAGAGAGCAAAAAUGCACCCAAGUGAGGUUGGGCCAUUUGUGUCUAAAGCCAGAGCUCUCAUGAAUGAUCUAGGUAAUCUUCCAAUGCCAACAAUUGCUGCAAUAGAUGGGGCUGCCCUGGGAGGAGGUCUGGAGAUAGCUUUAGCCUGUGACAUAAGAACUGCUGCUUUCACUGCAAAAAUGGGACUGGUUGAAACAAAGUUGGCCAUCAUUCCAGGAGCAGGUGGCACACAGCGGCUGCCGCGUACCAUUGGAGUGUCUUCUGCCAAGGAGCUCAUUUUCUCCGGCCGUACUGUGGAUGGAACCGAGGCAAAAUCCCUUGGGUUAGUCAGCCACGCCGUGGAACAGAAUGAGGCAGGAGACGCUGCCUUCAGGAAAGCCUUGGCCUUGGCAAGAGAAUUCAUUCCUCAGGGACCUAUAGCUAUGAGAAUGGCUAAGCUUGCCAUUAACAGAGGAAUUGAGGUUGACUUGGCAACAGGUUUAGCGAUUGAAGAAGCUUGUUAUGCUCAGGUCAUUCCAACGAAGGACAGAAUUGAAGGUCUAACUGCAUUCAAAGAGAAAAGACCACCGUGUUACAAGGGAGAAUAAGAAAAAGCAUUUAAAAAGAUGCCAGGAAUAUUGCCUGAUUCACAUGGUACAAUAAUAAGAGUGAUGAAACUUGAAACUGUCAGUGUAUGUAUUCCUUGCUUGUGACACAUUACAUUAAUAAACCUCAAGUAAGACAACAAGUUAAAACAAAACA